AUGCCUCCACGCCGCCGCCUCGCCUCCGGCUACCACGGUGUUCGGGCGCGGCCGAGCGGCUGGUUCGACGUGGAGAUCCGCUCCGGCGACGAGCGGAUCCGCCUCGGCACAUACGACACGGCGCACGAGGCGGCGCGGGCGUACGACGCCGUCGCCUGGCGUCUCGGCCGCUCCCGGCGGACGAUGAAUUUCCAUGAUGUCUUCACGCGGGAGCAAGCGGAGAUGCUCGCGCUGCCACCGCCUGUCAUCACGCGCGAGCAGCAGCGCCGACAACGGGAGUUGGAGCAGCGCCUCCUCAUCGCGGAGCGCGACGAGGCGCUGCGCCUCGAGUGGGUGCGCCGCUUCUCUGAAGACGUCGUCGCCACGGAGGCCUUCUAUGCGCAGAAGGAGGAGGAGAAGUGGACGACGACGCCGGUGUCGGAGACGACUCCGAGCACCCACUCGUCGGACUUCGACUGGGAGUCGGACGAGUAG